AUGGCUCUCGCUCGCUGGCCGGGGCAGGAGCACGUCCGAGGAGGGCAGCGGCAUCUUCUCGGCAGGCGAGCAGUCCGAGCGGCUUCCUUCAGCCCCUCUGUCUGCCUGCAAUCUGGUUUCAGUUACGGGCAGCCCAAGGAAGGGUCGGGGAUACUCUCGCCGCCCGGCCCCACGGGGUGUCGGCAGGGCAGGGAACGGGAACGAGGCCGCUCCGUGGAGCUCUGGUUACCCAUCAGCCCGAGUAGCGCCCCGAGGGGCUCCUUCGGCAAACCCCACGCCUGUACCCCGUCUGUGAACAGUCGCCGUGGGAAGUUUUCUCAACUCUUAUCAUGGAAGGAUGCUCCCCGGGGUGCUCUGCCCGGCUGUCAGGUGCACGCCUUUCACAGCCCGAAGAAAGUGCCUUACGGGAUGGCUGGUGCUCUUCGAGUGCAGCAUGAGGCGGCAGCAACGUGGGUGCAAAGGGCUUUGCCCAACACCUACCAAUGGCUCUUGCCCUUGGGCUUGGAGCCUCGAAGCCAAAGCAAGCCAUCCGCACGCUGUCCUCUGGCAGCCCUUGGAGUCUACCUGCUGCUGCUGACGGCUGCCCAGGGGCUGCUGAUGUAUAAAGUGAUCAAAAUGCAGAGAGAGAUAUUGAAACUUCAAGAGCAAAACACCACCUAUAGAGAGGAGAUUCUGCAGCGUUCCUUUGCCAGCAAACUGAGCAUGGGUCAUGAAGAAAACUGGCGGAAAAGCUUAGAAGAGGAAAUCACCAUUAUUAAAAGCAGUAAUGCAAAUCUGAUGAUGAUGAUGAACAACAUCACCUUGGUUGCAGGGCCUCCUGGACACAAAGGAGAACCUGGCCCACGAGGUAUCCAAGGACAGAAAGGUGAAAUGGGCAAGAAGGGAGACCCUGGGCCCCGCGGACUCAUGGGUCCUCAGGGACAACAAGGAGUCCCUGGACUGCCAGGUUUCAAUGGUAGCGUGGGGGAGCCUGGACGUCCUGGACAGAAAGGAGAAGCAGGUGAAACUGGACAACGUGGACCUGCAGGAAUUCCUGGCCCUGAAGGCAGAGAUGGUCAGAAAGGGGAAAAGGGGGACCAGGGGCCUAUUGGUAGUCCAGGAGUGCCAGGCACUGCAGGACUCAGAGGUGAAAAGGGAGACAGAGGAGUAACAGGUCCUCCAGGGCAAAAGGGAACAAAGGGAGACUCAGGUCUACCAGGAAUCCCAGGCCCAACUGGUGAAAAAGGAAGCAAGGGUGAUUAUGGCAUUCAGGGACCAAAAGGAGAACCUGGAGCAAAAGGAGCCAAGGGAGACCAUGGGUCCUCUGGUUCCCCAGGAGCAAAAGGGAGCAAAGGUGAAAAGGGAGAAGCAUCACACAGCUUCAGUGGUUUCAUACGAAUCGCGGGAGGGGGCAGGAGGGGCCGCGUGGAAAUCUUUCACCAAGGGUCCUGGGGAACAAUAUGUGAUGAUGGUUGGAGCAUCCAAGAUGCCAACGUGGUCUGCCGAAUGCUGGGAUACAGCUAUGCCACCUCUGCCUUCACAGCUGCAGGAGGCACUGGAAAAAUUUGGCUUGAUGAUGUGAACUGCAGUGGGAAUGAAUAUUCCAUUAUUGAGUGUCCAAAGCCUGACUGGGGUGUGAACAACUGCUCCCACAAUGAAGAUGCUGGGGUGGAGUUUCCCAGCGAGGGCAAGGGCCGGACUUAUCCUGUCGGAGCUGCCACCGGCACGACGGGACGAACCCCGGGGGAGCUCAAGGGCCGCCACCCGCUCACCAGCCGCCGGCUCGGCUCGACUCGGUCUGACUCGACCCGGCUCAGGGGCUGCCCCGGCCCCGCCGCACCGGGAAAGCUGCACUUCCAACAGCGCUUCCCUCCUUCCGGAUGUUCUCUGACACGGGGAACCGUGGAUCCCGCGCAUCCCGGGAGCGGGAGGUGCGGCGGCAGCCGCAAGGUCCCGUUAGUGCCGCCGAAGCGUCUCUUUGGUGCCUCGGGGGUGCCACGGGGAAAGGACGCGGGCGUAGUUCAUUCUGAUGCGUGGAUUUAG